UGUUUACCAGGUCUGUGAAGAAAAAAUGAUAUAAAUACCAUUUAAUGGUGUGGAAUAUUCGCCCUUCUCUUUUUCUUUUUGGAUUCCAGCGGCCACCACGUAUGUCCACUGGUCAAAUUGCGUGAACAGUGCUUUAGACAGAAAGUAGACCAAAAGUUACAGGGGUCAUUACGCACCCGAUGACGUAACCAAUCAAGUUCUUGUCUCUGUGUGCUCGUCUGUUCUCCAAAAAGGGGUAGCCAGGGAUACUAAUAAUCAUUGUCUUAAUGAAUGGGCAAUCAUCAACCACCCAAGGAACGCAAAAGUUAAUAUAAUCUGUGUCGCAGACUUUGCAGUCAACUGAACUUCAUCACCCGGAUUGAGCUUUCAGAGACAGGUUUUCUGGGAUGCGUUCCGGUGGGUCUGACAGAACUCCUCUGUUGGACCGAGGAGGAAGAAGAAAGAGGAAUGAGACCUUGGAAAAUGAUAACUUGACUGACCUUGAGCAUGGGGAUGCAGUACCGGCUGCAAAUGUGAGCUUUACUAGAGUAUUUUCACUUGCAAAGCCUGAUGCAGGGAAACUCAUAUUAGCAACAAUCGCUCUCUUGAUUGCUUCCACGUCAAGUAUAUUGAUUCCAAAAUUUGGAGGGAAGAUAAUAGAUAUUGUGUCAGGAGAUAUCAGAACACCUGAACAGAAAGCUGAAGCAUUAACUGCAGUCAGGAACACCAUACUAGAAAUUUUUCUGAUUGUUGUAGUUGGUUCAGUUUGCACAGCACUACGAGCAUGGUUAUUUUCUUCUGCAAGUGAAAGGGUGGUUGCUCGAUUGAGAAAGAACUUGUUUAGUCAUCUUAUUAACCAGGAGAUAGCCUUCUAUGAUAUUACUCGAACAGGGGAACUUUUGAGCAGGCUAUCUGAAGAUACUCAGAUCAUAAAGAAUGCAGCAACUACCAAUCUUUCUGAGGCCCUUAGAAAUUUGUCAACUGCAUUUAUAGGCCUGGGUUUCAUGUUUGCAACAUCAUGGAAGCUAACAUUGCUGGCUUUGGCUGUUGUGCCGGCAAUUUCUGUGGCUGUUCGAAAAUUUGGCCGCUUCCUUCGUGAACUUUCUCACAAGACUCAAGCUGCAGCAGCAGCAGCUGCUUCAAUUGCUGAGGAAUCAUUUGGUGCAAUUCGCACGGUUAGAUCUUUCGCACAAGAAGGUUAUGAGAUAUCACGUUACUCUGAGAAAGUUGAUGAGACACUAAAUCUUGGACUUAAACAAGCUAAAGUGGUGGGGCUCUUCUCUGGAGGUCUAAAUGCUGCAUCAACAUUAUCAGUUAUCGUGGUAGUUAUCUAUGGAGCUAAUUUGACAAUAACAGGUUCCAUGACCCCUGGUGCUCUAACGUCCUUCAUUCUUUAUAGCCUUACAGUGGGAUCUUCUGUAUCUGGACUCUCAGGGUUAUACACAGUUGCAAUGAAAGCCGCAGGAGCGAGCAGGCGCGUUUUUCAGCUUCUGGAUCGCUCCUCAUCAAUGCCAAAAUCAGGAAAUAAGUGUCCAUUGGGUGAUCAAGAUGGAGAUGUGGAGUUAGACGAUGUCUGGUUUGCCUAUCCGUCCCGUCCUAACCAUAUGGUACUCAAGGGAAUAACGCUUAAACUGCAGCCUGGCUCAAAGGUUGCUCUUGUUGGCCCUAGUGGUGGAGGAAAAAGCACAAUAGCAAACUUGAUUGAAAGGUUUUAUGACCCAAUGAAAGGAAAGAUUCUACUAAAUGGGGUUCCUUUGGUAGAAAUUUCACAUGAACAUCUUCACAGGAAGAUCAGCAUAGUAAGCCAGGAACCAGUCCUUUUCAACUGCUCAAUAGAGGAAAACAUAGCCUAUGGAUGCGAAGGCAAGGCCAACAUUAGCGAUAUAGAAAAUGCAGCAAAAAUGGCCAAUGCGCAUGAAUUCAUAUCAAAAUUUCCAGACAAAUAUCAGACUCAUGUUGGAGAGCGUGGAGUACGGCUUUCAGGAGGACAGAAACAGAGGGUAGCAAUAGCAAGAGCCCUGCUGAUGGAUCCAAAGAUUCUCCUUCUGGAUGAAGCCACAAGUGCUCUAGAUGCUGAAAGUGAAUACCUCGUGCAGGAUGCCAUGGAUUCUCUAAUGAAGGGAAGAACAGUUUUAGUUAUAGCCCAUCGGCUAUCAACUGUCCAAAGUGCAGAUACUGUGGCAGUCGUUUCUGAUGGCCAGAUUGUUGAAAGUGGCAACCAUGAAGAGCUUCUUGGCAAAGAUGGGGUGUACACUGCAUUAGUUAGGAGACAAUUACAAGCACCUAAGACAAACUUGUAGGUUGAACUAUGAAUUAUGUCUGUCUAUGCAGAUAAUUAUCAUUUUUCGUGUUUUCUUUUCUGUAUCCUCAGAUAAUCUUCUGCUGUUUAUAGUAUUUACAGCAAAUGCUAGCAUCAAACAUAGCAGCUAGUCUUUGAUUAUAGCUCAAUAAAACAAUAAGCUUUGCUUUUUUUAUGUUA